UUUACAAAUGGGAAAAAUGGAGGACAUGAGGAAAAAUUCCCUCGUUUUCUUGAUCUACCUGAAUAUCACGUGAUCGAUACUAGCGCCGCCAUCUUCAUGUGUGAAUUUUUUUAACAUCAUUUAUGAAGUUGUGUCGAUAAGUGUAAUUGAUAAACCGCAAUUGUCAUCAACAUUAUAAUCGUACUUUCAUUGAAAAAGUCAGAAGAGUUUGUUAUAACCUAUCUUUAUUUUCGUAUUUAUAAGGAAUUGUUUUAUUAUUGGUUAAAAAACGUAUCUAAAAUGGCUACCUCUAGAUUCCCUACGGUUUAUUGGAAUCAAACUGAUAAAGAUAUUUCUUUGAGAAUUGAUAUAAACAAUCCCCAAGGAUCUGAAAUUUCUUUUGAAGAAUCAAGUAUGAGGUUUUCAGCUUUUAGACAAGGAGAUGCUGGUCCUGUAGAAUAUAAUUUUACACUUAAUUUUUAUGAUUCGAUAGAACGUGAGGAAAACGUAUAUGAACUAAUUGAUAAACAACUACAGUUUUUAUUAAAAAAGAAAAGUGACGGUGAGUGGCCACAACUUACAUCAUUAGAAUCUGAUCCAUCUUGGACUACAUUAGAGCCUGAAAAGCCAGAAAAAAAUAUACGUAACAAAGAAAAUAAAAAAUCAACAUACCAGCCAAGGUUUAAAAAGCUUAGUGAAGAAUAUGCACAAUUAAAUGAACAAAUACACAGAGAAGAACUCGACAAACGAGAUGUUCAUGAAGAUUACCCUAAAAUGUAUGAUGAGCUUCAUAAAGAAGAAAUGGGAUACAGAAAAGAGGACUUGAGAGUUGUCUAUCUUGUACUUUAUAAUUUAUGUCAAUUUGUGGGUUUCAUUUAUGUUAUUACUAUUAUGACAAUACGAUAUUCACGUGAAGGUCCAGAUUCAAUGGAAAAAACAUAUGAAAGUGUUGGAAAUAUUAUGAAAUUUAUUCAUCUUUUGCAAUUCUUAGAAGUGAUGCAUCCAAUGUUUGGAUACACUAAAGGAAGUACUUUUGUAGCAUUUCUUCAAGUUGGCGGAAGAGCUUUUGUACUCUUCUGUAUGAUAGAAUGUGAACCUCGUAUGCAAACGAAACCUGUUGUAUUUUAUCUGUUUUUUAUUUGGAGUUUAGUUGAAGUUUUUCGAUAUCCUUACUACAUUACUCAAGUAUUGAAUGUUAAUAUUCCUCUGUUGACAUGGUUUAGAUACACAAUUUGGAUACCUUUAUAUCCUUUAGGUUUUCUAUGUGAAGGAAUAAUCAUUCUCAGAAAUAUUCCUUACUUUGAAGAAACAAACAAAUUUACUAUUUCAUUACCAAACAGUUGGAAUUUUGCUUUUCAUUUUCCAACAGUUUUAAGAAUGUAUUUAUUGCUGCUGGCUUUACCUGGAAUGUAUACGAUGAUGUCACACAUGAAUGAAGCUAGAAAAAAGAAACUAGCUAUCAAAAAAUCUCAGAAGAAAUCAGACAAAAAAUCUUGAAUUGAUAUAUUCAUUGUAAAAUUAGAAAAUGAAUGCUUAAUUACCAUAAAAAUUCAUACUACAGGAUAUUACUACAGAUGUACUAUAUAUUUAUCGUCCAUUGUAGGCUUAAAAUUUGUACUACUAUUCGACUGAAAU